CGAGUACAUUCACCGAGAAGUCACAAAUUACAAUUACAUUUUGCCUCGUACAGUUGGAUCAUUAUGAAAUAUGGGGCUAAAGUAAUGUUAGGAACAAGUGAAACUGCAUUAGUAUUCAUGCGCGAUAGAACAGUAGAUAAAUUCGCAGCUCGGAGCUAUUAAAUUCACUUCCAUAGCGGAGUCUUUGCCAGCGAUUUAUUUUGCAUCUGAAUCAAACUGCGCCAAUAUCAAGGAUAUCAAGUCAAUGUACAUUACUGGAGAAAGCGAUAGAUCUUACUAAUUCUCUGAUUAACUAGCCGACUGUGUAAGCCUGAACGAACUGGAUUGAAAACUAACGUUUGUUUACAUUCAGUCGUACGACGCGGCUACGGCCAGAAAUGGAGGACUCAGAUGGGCAAAGGCCCCCGCCACCCACGAUUGAGAUCUCUACUCCCAGUCCCGAAUCGCCACAGGAGAAUACCUGUUUAAUGGAUACGCAUGAUGAUGACAUUAAUGACACGUCAUCUGAUGUAAAAGAUACUACUAAUGAAAAAUCUACUAAGGAGCCAUCAGAUAUUGGAGCUAAUACAAACGGAGUAGUCUCUCGUGAUGUAGAUGAUGCGCAGCUUGAGAUUGAGGUAAACGAGAAUCAACCGUUAGUUAAAGGUGCUGUCACAUUUGAAAAUGCGGGUGAGCCUAGCCCCCAAGGACAAAUUGAAACCCAGAAUGGGCUUAAGGUCACGGACUCCCCUGAUACGAUUGCAAUAGCAAUUGAUGAGAGCAAACAGGAUGACCACCACGCUAACAUUUUAGAGAUUAAGGAGGAUGAUACGACAGCGCGUCCGAAAAGGCCAAGCAGAGUCAGUCGCACAUCUGGAGGAAGCGCUAAACGCCAGCCCUCCGUUGUUGUAACAAGUGAUGAAAAACAUACGCCUUUUCACAACGCUAUUCCCAUUAUGCCUCUUCCGUUAGCAGUCCUCUGUUUUAUACUUAAUAUAGUUGCUCCAGGAUUUGGAACACUGGUGUCAGCAUUUAGUCUGUUCUGUAAAGGGACGAGUACCCGGAUGAACAAAAGAGCCACGGCUGUUGCGUGGAACAUCCUGACUGCCGUGUUACAGAUGGCAACCUUCCUCGUGAUCGUAGGCUGGGUCUGGAGCAUUCUGUGGGGAAUGAACUUUAUACAAAUGUCAGUGAACUCCAAAAAGUGUUCUUCUCCCAAACAAAAAGUGCCAUAUUACGUAAGACGACAGAGUAGUAUUGGAUACUUCAACGACCCAGCUUAGAGACCUGGAGAUAUUUGAUAAAAUUCCAGGAGUUACCACAAACAGAUUCUGGAUUUUAUAGGGAAGAUAUCAAUCAUAUCUACCGCGGAUAUGAUUAUACUGCGUUUAGUAUGCCAGGUUGAAACCGAAACGACAUUAUAAGUUUCGAUGAAACACAGUCAUUAAAUAAUCUUGCGAUUAGAGCUUUUGCUAGUCAAUCGAUGAAAGACAUUGAUCAGCCGUUGUUACGUUGAGAAACAUUUUGGAAUGUAUUCUUGCGCCAUCAUCUGCUACAUAGGUACACGAUGGUAUGAAGAAUUUGAUGUUAGUAGGAUGGUAUGACGUAAAUGUGAAGUAACCCAUUAUCUUUAUACCCUUUCGGGUUCACCAUUGGGUCAAAGAGGAUAGCUUGUAAUUACCUAUUCCAAGACGCCACAAAAGUGUAUGGCGUUUUGACGUAUUCUGUAUUCCCAAAUCACUGGUCUCAACUUGAAUUUAAAGACGUUACGUACCUAUGUAUUUAUAACAAAAUGGAUGAACUUCCGUAAGAGAAAAAUUGUUAGAUUUUUUCAGCAUUCUAACAAACACAGAGGUUGAUUACAAUCCAAAUAUUUUACCCGUAUGUAAAUAGUAACACCCGGUUACUGAAGAUCUAGUCAGUCACGAGCAAAUAUAUCCAUCAGCUUCGAUAAUCGGGUGAAAAUUCCCUCACUUCAGCAACAA